AUGGCGGCAUUGUUUCAUGUUAUCAGUCCCGUGAUUCUUUUGGCCAUUUUGCAAUGUAUCCGACUACUUUCUACAACAGCUGCUUCAUGUUGUUCUAAAUGUACUAUACGGAGGACUAGCAUAAGUGAUCCUGACAACAUACUAGUAAAUGUCACUGAACGAACCGAUGGCCACCUUGAUGUAUAUAAAAGAUGGAAGCAAUGUGAUUGGCUACUGACAGCACCUGAUGGUUAUUCCACCAACUUAGUUAAAAUUAAUCGCUACCUUGACCUUUACUAUAACGAACCUCUUUUGGCUUAUGAUGGUGUUACUCCAAGCAGUUCUUCCAAGACGCUAUCUAAACACAGUUCAGACCUUACAAUGACUUCCAGUGGCCGAAAUAUAUGGUUGAAGUAUGUCAUAACGGGUCGGAUUCAAACCAGGUUUACAUUGGAAUAUAGUGUCUUGAAACAGCAAAAAGUAUCCCAGUGCUUAGGGGUGAAGAUCCAGAAUGCAAGACUGAACUGUUCCGUUUAUACCUGUCACGUGUCCUGUAAUCCUGGAUAUUUCAUUUUUGGGUCUACAAAGUUGACGUGCGUCGAUGGAAACCAGUGGGCUGGUUUGUUGCCCAAGUGCUUAUCAGUCAAGGUCGUAGGUACAACCAAGAAUGACUCCAUGGGUCGUGUAGAAGUGUUUGUUGAUGGACAGUGGUACGCGGUGUCUUACAGCAGGGGAUGGACCAUCCAAUCAGCGAACAUUGUCUGUCGAAUGCUGGGUCUUCCCAACGCAACAGCAGCACCAGAAGGUUCCAUAUUUCCUUCUACAACAAGAUACACGUUAAUGCAGGUUGAAGGAUGCACAGGACAUCGUCUUUUAGAGUUUCUUAGAUAUUGCUAUAACAAAGACGGUAAUUCUGGAGUCGUUUGUGGCCUCCCCACAGGAUUUCAAAAAACGUUUGUUAUAUGACACCUUCAAUUUGUUCUAUGCCGUGAAACAGCUUCUGGGCAGAUCAAAGUCAAGGCACGGCUAAC